UUUUCAUAAACACGCUCCGAUGUUAACUUCCUUGGAUGAAAUUUCCUCUGCUUCCGCCUGUUUAAGCACGUUCCAAAACUGCGAAAUUUUUAAAUGGAAAAAUUACGACCUGCGUUUACUUUAUUUUUAUUUACGUACGCUUGAAAAUGAUGCAACGUAAACCGUCUAACCGGUCGAACCGAUGACAAACAGGAAGAGGAAUUGUUUUUUUAUCAAUUCGUAUAUUAAGAACGCGAGCUCGUCUACCGCAGCUAAAUUUUAAUACCGAUACCAAAGACGUGGUCAUGAAUUCGGGAACUGUGAUUUCGAUUUUCAUCGCUUUCUGUUUGAUCUCCAAUUUUGAACAUUGUUACAGCCAAGUAUACGACAGAGCCAAGAUAGUGACGUAUGGCGAUCCGUGUAUCGUGUCACGGCAAUUGCCAAUUAAGAUCGAGGGGCCGAAACCACCCGCGAAAGAAGAGAAGAUACCUAUAUCGUUGGAUUUUAGGAUUGUUUCGGACAUGUACGCGCAGCCCCAUCGCGUCGAAUAUCCAAUUGCGAUAGAUGUACCACAAACGACUCCAUCGCCAUCAGAAAAGAGCAUUGAGAACUAUACUUCAGAAAAAACAUCUUACGUGUACAAUACUUAUGUUCCCCAAACCGCUAACAUACAAAUUCCUCCUAAAAAUUAUAAUUUUGCGGUUCAAGUUCCAGUUCGGACCAAACAUGUUCAUCCAGAGAAGUCCGAAGAAAUAUUUUAUCAACGAUUGAGGGGACUUGCGGCCCAUGUCGAUAGAGUACUCGUUCCUGCUUGCGAGGUUUCACCGCCUUCCAUGCCAUUGACAAGAACCACAUCGAUGCCUUCGUUCCCAAGUACUCCAGGCUUUGAAUGUAACUGCCCGAAAUCGAACGAUCUUCCGGGUAUCUUUUCUUUACCCUCGUCGGGUAUGAGUCCAAUGGACACCGAGGCUGAAACAUCGGCUCCUCAACCAAUCGUAGUGCCCCAUUCGGAGAAACUCUCGGAUUUAUUCUCACAUCUUAUGGGCUCUCCAAAACCGAAUCACUUUCCUCUGUCGUUAUUCGCCACGCCCCUACCAUCGCGAUACGGUUCUCCAGUUCAACCCCAAUCGUUUUUAAACCUUCCAUCAAGAUCUAUAUUAGACUCUCCUCCAAGCAUCGAGUCGCCUUCAGAAAUGUUCCCGAGCAAUACCCCUAACAAACUCUUUGAAACAUUCUUUCAUCCCAUUGAUACAACAGGAACUACUUCGCGACCCGGGUCCUCAUCACCCACGUCAUCUUCUUCGUCGAAUACGAAGCCAAACGGUAAAAUCAUGAAUUUCUUCAAUUUUCCAUUCUUCCCAACGAGAACUCCUCAAACGUCCACCUCCGUUCCUCAGUUCGAAUCCUCUCCCACCGAGGCGACGCCUGUUACACAUUCUGUGAACAGUGAUAAUCCACAAUCUAUGUCAAGUAUAUUGCCCGAAGGUUACAUCCCGUUGCUGCCACCGUUACCUUCAGGAAUUCCCCAAAGUAAUCCCUUAAAUUACUCCGCGCAAUCUGACCUCCCUCCUUCCGCUGAUAAGCCCUCUCCAAACAACGUGUUCCCACAUUCAGCACCGAACGCUCAACGGGAUGGUAACGAUCCACGUUUGCCACAAUUUUUUAUUCGUCCAUCGGAAGGACCGUCUCAAGGUGGUUCCUCCGGUCAUCCUUCGCAAAAUUCUUUGCCUUCUUUCGCGAUGUUGCCCAAGGGGGAGGAGGACUGUGAUGAAACUUCGCACCCUUUAAGUUCUUCGUGCCAAACGCAACGCGAACCUUGGAACUCGAAACCGCAUCAUCCGCGUCCGCCUCAAGCUUAC